AUGUUAGGCUGGGGCAAGAGGUCGACCACGCCGGGCCUGGACGUGAGCGCCAGUGGGACGUCCUCGCCUUCAAAGAAGGACGGCAGGAAUGCCAGAGAGGAGGAGGCCCAGGAAGUAUCGCUCGUGGGCAAAGUGCAGAACUCGGAUUCGGCUGUUGUGGUCGUACUUGGCGGCGCCGGACCUCAAGGAACCAGAGAAUACCUCGGCUGGUACGGAACGUCGUCGUACGUGUUCAAGCCUCAGCUGAACCAAUGGCUCGCUAUUCCACCGAUGCCCGAGCCGCGAAACUACCACGCCGUUGUUUACUUCGCAGGCUGCAUCUACGUUCUCGGCGGGCGUGGACCCGUGGUCACGAGCAAGGGAGGCCUAGGCCGAGCGCAGCGCUCGGUGUUCACAUUCCACGUCCGUGAGAAACGAUGGGAUCGCGCGGCCGAUAUGCUGCACGCCAGGGCCUGUCACGGAGCCACUGUUGUCUACGAGAAGAUCAUGGUCGUUGGCGGCAAGGACGACAAUGAAGAGUUUACCCCGCUCAUCCUUUUGCACCGCCUUGACGAUCGCUAUCUACCCAGGAUCCUCAACUCGGUGGAGUUGUACAACCCUGCGUCGAACACCUGGGUUUCGUACCGCCAUCUUCCGCUGCCCCUCAUGGCCUGCGGCGUGGGCUUCCUGGGCGGCAUGGUGUACGUGGUAGGAGGUGUGACCACCAAGAAGCAGGUCUUCACCGGCAUGGCGCCCGCCGAGGUCUUGUCCACCGUGCACGCCACGGACCCCAACGAGCGCACCUGGGUACGACGCCCGAGCCUCCCUGAGCCUCGCGCCUACUGCAAAGCUCUGACCAUUCACCACGAACUGUGGCUCGCGGGUGGCCUCAAACCCUCCGGUCGGGACCCCACCACAUUCACCGACCACGUCGAUGUCCUCGCGUUCGACUCCUUGCGGGUCGAUGGGAAUUCCGCUUCAAACUGUCCCGUCCGCGCCACGCCGUUGCCGCCGCCAAUGCCGACGACCGUGUCUACGUCAUCGGAGGAAUGA